AUGCCUCCAAAUUUUAACUUUACUAUCAAUUAUUUGAAUACACCAACACAUUUUGUGGUGAGAAUUUGAUAUUUCAGAUGGAUAUUCUGUUUUUGAAUACUAUUUAAAAAUUAUAUUUUUUUAGAAAGCUUCUUCAAAAAGUGGUCGACAUUUGAGUGUUUCUGUUAGUUUGAAAUCUCAAAUAUUCGCUUCAAGUUCACAAAAUCAAUCAAAAAUGGAAAGUUUUCUUGUUCCAAAAUAUACUUUGCAUGAUUUUGAAGAUGGAGAGGAAUCAAAAGUUGUUCGAAUGAUUUUCGAAAUGUCUCAAGUUCCAUAUGAUUUCAAAUUUGUUCAUCACGAUGAUUUCAUCCUUGAAGGUAUAAAUAUUUUUCGAAAAUUUUUUGAACACGUAUUGAAUUUCAGAUUAUCCUUAUUAUGCUCUUCCAAUGUUAGAAAUGAACAAUAGAAAAUUCGGAAGUAUUGUAUCGAUUUGUCGUCAUUUAGCUUGGAGAUACAGUAAGUUUUUUUUUGGAAAACAGGAGAUAAUUUCGAAAAAUUUGCAGAUUUGUCGGGUAAAACAGCUUACGAAGAUGCACAAAUUGAUGAUGUGGCAGAAAAAGUGUAUGAAGUUCGAAUUAGAAUUAAAAACUGGAUUGAUCACAUCGAACAUGCAACAGAUCAUGAAUGUGAUGUGAGUUCAUCUAAAAUAUUUUAAGCGAACUUUUCCAUUCAAAAAACCUUUCAGGAAAUGUGUACAAAAGAUGACGCUUCUCUUCUUCUCACCACACAUCUCUUUCCUAUUCUCGAGGCUAUGUUUGUCUCAACAAACACAUCAUGGCUGGUUGGGCAGCAGGUUAGUGACAGUGGGUGUGGUGUAGUGGGUAACGCGUUUGCGUUUUGUGCGAGUAGUCGUUGGUUCGAUUCCUCUCGCCACCUCGAGCGAUGACGAAUGCACACAUUUGCUUCUGACACCUCUUAUGUUAGUGGUAAAUUUCCGUUACCACGGUGAGUCCAACAGGAUCUCUGAGCUCUUUUGUAUUUUACUAUUUUUUUAUUUAUUUUUGUAACUUCUAUUGAACAUAAUCUUAUAUUUUUACAGAUAAGUUGGCUUGAUUUGUUGGUAGCACAUCUGGUUAAUCCAAUAAUAUAUCAUCGUCCACACCUAUUGGAGAAAUUCCCGAAGUUAUACCUGCACAACAAGCAAGUUGCAGAUCUUCCAAGUCUUGUUGGAUUCUUCUAUCAUGUCAGACCACGAGCCAAAUUCACUGAUACAAGUUCAAAAACAGCUGGUUAUAGAUAUAAACUCAAUUAA